AUGUGGAAUGGGGGCGUGGUUGGGAACUUGGGAUCUUUUCUUCAAAUCUUCAGGCGGUUCAAAUCUCCACCACCACCACCGGACCUGAAAGUUCCGGUAUCAUCCGGCACAGGUUUCUUCCCCAAUCUGAAUUACCAUUGGAAAACGAGUUUCUUCCAAAUAAUCUGUAAAAAAACCUACAGUAGACCAAAGAAAUGGGGAGGGAGUGUCCUCCAUAUCUCCGAUUUGAAUCACCAUCUGGAAACAGGUUUGAACCACCAUCGAAAAACAAGUUUCUUCCAUGAUUUGAAGGCGGAAAGAAGCAUAAAGCUUUCUAAUGUUACAAUGGUGGUUUUGUGA